AUGACUCUUGGGGGGCGAAUCAAGGAGGGGGCUACCUCUGCAGCUAACCAAUUCUCAAGAAUCCUGUCCGCCCAGUUGUCACAGGCUGAUGAAGCCCACCCUGGUCCCAGUGUCUCUUGGUCACAGAAGGAUCCGAGAAAGCUUGUGCAAACCUCCUCUCACCUCCUUCCCUUCUGUUCUUUAGUCUUUAGUCUUUGUCCAGGCCGCUCCCACCUCUUGCCAUGCCCUCCCCCUCCCUUCCCGCCCUCCACCCCGGGGCAUCCCCCCACCUUCAGCGCCCAGCCCAAAUCAUUGAGUUAUACCUCCCAGGCCAGCGGAAGCCACUCUCCACACACGCGCUGGGUGGCACAUCUCCCUGGGAGCCCCUUUUCCAGCUGCUUGCCCACCUGCCUUGCACCCUCUCCGUACGGCUGUGCUUUUCCUGCGGUGCUGUUUUAA